AUGACCGUCGUGGCCACGGGCGCUGCCCCUCCGCCCACGCAGGACGAGAUCAACGCCUUUGUGCACUCCAUCUUCAACUCCGCCACCUCCGCUGCCUCUGUCGAUGCCGCCUAUGGCCUCUGCGAAGUCCUGAACAACACCGUCGGAUACCUAGGUCUGCAACAAUAUGGCAUUAUCGCCGAGGUCAAGAAGGCUGCCGCCAACAAGAAGUCCGGCCAGAUCCGCGAGUCUGCCCAGAACCUCCUCGGCGCUCUCUUCGAGCGUCUGCCUCCCAAGUCCCCCUUGAGCGAGGUCGUCUUCCUGCUGCAAGAUGGCGGCUUGGUCGGUGUCUCCCUCGACGCCUUGUCCGACAAGGGCUCCGUCGUCCGCGAGUCUGCCCAGUACGCCCUGGAUGCUCUUUUCAACAACCUGAGCCCAGAGGCUCUCGUCGUCGGCCUGUUGCCCGCGCUCACCACCUACCUCAACAAGAAGGGCGGAAAGUGGCAGGGAACUGCCCAGGCCUUCAAGAUGCUUCAGAAGAUGGCCGAGAAGGCCAACCAGACCGUCGGCUCUACCCAGGAGCAGGCUGAGGUGGAAGAUGUCAUGCGCGAGACCAUGGGAACCAAGCUCGCCGGCCUCAUCCCUCUCGUCGAGGCGGGAAUGCACGACCUCAAGGCCGAAGUCGAGAAGCAAGCCGUCCAGACCAUGACUGCGCUCACCAGUCUACUUCAAAACGACGACGUUGCACCUCGCAUCCCCCUCUUGAUCGAGAGCAUGCACCACCCUUCCACCGAGUCCCUGCGCAAGGCCAUUCAUGCUCUGUCCAUGACCACCUUCGUUGCCGUCGUUACCUCUCCCGUUCUGGCCCUUUUGACUCCUCUCCUCGAGCGAUCUCUCAACACCCCCACCACCGCCCAGGAGGUUCUGCGCCAGACUGUCGUUGUCGUUGAGAACCUGACCAAGCUCGUCCACGACCCCAUCGAGGCUCGUACUUUCCUGCCCAAGCUCCAGCCUGGUGUUAAGGGUGUCUAUGACCGCGCUUCUCUUCCCGAGGUUCGCGAGCUUGCUAAGAGAGCUCUGGAUGUCAUUGAGAAGGCCAUGGGUGACGACAAGGACGUCACCGAGCGUGUCUCCGGUGACGACGUCUCAAAGAUUCUCGACGCCGAGAUUAAGAAGAACGGCGGGCUUGCUGGCCACCUCGACGUCUACAAGAUUGCCCGUCCCUACAUCUGCGACCAGGUCGCCGAGAACGUCAACCACCGCUUCGUCAGACGCAUUUCCGCCAGAAUUGCACCCUACCUCCAGUCUUUGAUGAAGACUGCUGAUGCCAACACUGCCGUCGCCGAUGCUGUUCAGAAGCACUACGUCGAGGAGGACGAGCGCAAGUUCGGUGUCCCCGAGAAGGAGGACGAUGGCGAGACCGAGAUCGUCAACGCCCACUUCUCUCUCGCCUACGGUGGUAUGUUGCUGCUUUCUCACGCCAAUCUCAGACUCCUCAAGGGUCACCGUUACGGUCUUUGCGGCCGCAACGGUGCCGGCAAGUCUACGCUCAUGCGCAGUAUUGCCAACGGCAAGCUUGAAGGUUUCCCCCCUCAGGACGUCCUCCGUACCAUUUACGUUGAGCACAACCAGGGUGAGGAUGCCGACAUUAGCAUUCUGGACUUCGUUCUGAAGGACCCCGAGAUCGAGGCUCGCGGUCGCGAGAAGGUCAUCGAGGUUCUUGCAGAGUUCGGCUUCACUGACGGUCCUGAUGGCCGUCAGUCGCACAAGGUCGGCUCGCUCUCUGGUGGAUGGAAGAUGAAGUUGGCCUUGGCUCGUGCUAUGCUGAAGGGCGCCGAUGUCCUGUUGCUGGACGAACCUACUAACCACUUGGAUGUUGCCAACAUCGCCUGGCUCGAGACCUACCUCAAGACUCACCCCGACAUCACCAGUUUGAUCGUGUCUCACGACUCUGGCUUCCUCGAUAACGUCACGACCGACAUCUACCACUACGAGCCCAACAAGAAGCUCGCCUGCUACAAGGGUAACCUGGCCAACUUCGUCAAGCUCCGUCCCGAGGCCAAGAGCUACUACACGCUCUCCGCUUCCAUGGUCCAGUUCAAGUUCCCGCCCCCGGGUAUCCUGACUGGUGUCAAGUCCAACACCCGUGCCAUCAUCCGCAUGAGCAACGUCUCCUACCAGUACCCCAAGGCACCCAAGCCUUCUCUGCAGGAGGUUACCUGCCAGCUCACUCUGUCUUCCCGUGUGGCCAUCAUCGGACCUAACGGUGCGGGCAAGUCUACUCUCAUCAAGAUCCUGACCGGCGAGGUCAUCCCCACCACUGGCAGGGUCGAGAAGCACCCUAACCUGCGUAUCGGCUACAUCAAGCAGCACGCUCUUGAGCACGUCGAGAUGCAUCUCGAGAAGACGCCCAACCAGUACCUGCAGUGGCGUUACGCCAACGGUGACGACCGUGAAGUCUUCCUCAAGCAGACCCGCAUUCUCUCCGACAAGGACAAGGCCCAGAUGGAGAAGCUGAUCGACCUCAAGGACGGCAAGUCUGAGCGUCAGAUCGAGGCUCUUGUCGGUCGUCAGAAGUACAAGAAGACUUUCCAAUACGAAGUCAAAUGGCGCGGCUGGCUCCCCAAGCACAACACCCAGGUCUCCCGUGAGACCCUUAUCGAGUGGGGCUUCGACAAGCUCGUCCAGGAGUUUGACGACCACGAGGCUUCCCGCGAGGGUCUCGGUUACCGUGAGCUCCAGCCCACCGUCAUCUCCAAGCACUUUGAGGACCUCGGCCUCGACCCCGAGAUCGCCAACCACAACGAGAUCGGCUCCCUCUCGGGAGGUCAGAAGGUCAAGGUCGUUAUUGCCGGUGCCAUGUGGAACAACCCCCACUUGCUCGUCCUCGACGAGCCGACUAACUUCUUGGACCGCGACUCCCUCGGCGGUCUCGCCGUCGCCAUCCGCGAGUUCAAGGGCGGUGUCAUCCUCAUUUCCCACAACGAAGAGUUCGUCGGCGCCCUCUGCUCCGAGCAGUGGCACGUCAACGAUGGCCGCGUCGCUCUCAAGGGCAACGCCGCCAUCAACCUCGGCUCCUUCGAGGACAGCAGCGCACCCGCCAGCGGCGUUCCCAGCACGGUCGCCUCCACCGCCGCCUCGUCCGCCGUCAACAGCGCCGUCAACUCGGACGCCGAGGAACCGCUCAAGUUCAAGGCCCGCAAGAAGAAGAAGAAGACCAAGAAGGAGCUCAAGGAGCAGGAGGUCCGUCGCCGUCUGCGCCACAUUGAGUGGCUCAACAGCCCCAAGGGAACGCCCCACCCUCCCGACACGGACGACGAGGAGUAA